GAGGGAAAUGGAGAGACCAGCUGGUAAGAGGGAUGGCAGCAGGGAGGCUGGGAGAACAGAAACUGAGCCAAACGCCAUCAGCAAAGAGGGAGAAGGAUCCGAUACUCCUGCAUCUCUUGCCUCACUCUGCCUCGCUUGGCUGAGCAGAGCUGAUCUAAGCAGAGCACCAGAUGAUGACGACUACGACGACAACGAAGCAAAACAGUAAAGCGGAGGACGUGACACUCUGCCAGCAUCAGCAGCACAGAGGCAAAGCUGCCCAAUCAUCAGCUGACAUGGCCAUGACUUCAGCAGCCAAUGAGCUGUCAGCAAGCUCCUCCCCAGCACAACCACUCAGAUGCAGAGACAGCACAAGCCUGGCUCGGAUCUCUUAUUAAUGAAUGGAGCGGCUCCGGGGCUGCAUCACUGCACAUCUCCGCUCUGUCUGCUCCGCGCGCUCGGGCUGCUCUGACACAGGAAGACGGAGGAAAAACAACAACAGUGACCAGGACGACAUCAGCACAGGAAGAGCUUAACCUUGGCCAUGAAGCGACGACAAAGAAUCACAGACUCCCACGAUGGGGUCACAGCCGGGAACAUGGCAGCAGCUAUUCAGAACAUCGACCCACAUCCAGAUAUCCAGCCACCGGGUUCGCCGUCUCCAUCAUCAUCGUCCUCUCCCCCUCUUCCUGCACUGGCCUUGCCACCUUCUACAUCCGCCUCUGCUCUGCUGGCACUGGCCUCUCCGGCCACCAGGCGCUCCAUUUCCAUGGGGGACUUCCGGAGGGUGACGGGGGCCCUUCUGGCCGGUUCUGACCCCCCAUCCACCUCAGCCACGGCCCCCUCCUCCAAGCUUGUCACCCCCAGCUCCAGCAUGGAGUUUGCGGCGGCUCGGCGGCGACUCCUUGAGGUGGAGGAGCGUCAGCGGGUCAUCAGAGAGAUGGAGCGGCGGCUGGAGGAGCUCAGGGAGGUGUUUGUGCGCUCGGAACAGGAGGUGGUGGUCCAUGGGGAGCUGGUGUCCAGGAUAUCUGGUGCAGCCCAGCAGGGCGAGCUGCACGUGGCUGAGAACAGCCAACGGCUGAAGAAAGGCCUGAGGUUCAAGAAACACCGCCCCGCCAUCGUCUUCUCCUCCAUGCUUGGACUCCGCACGUGCCUCCCCUGGCCUGUGAAGCUCAAAUAGGACAAUGCCACUUGAAUUUCCACUUUUGCUUUUGAAAUGUGCUUUACAUAAACAGGAGGAUAGACUCUUUAGGUAUUACACAUGUACACGGCUGCUCUACAGUUUCCACCUCUCUGCUAUUAUAUCCUGAGGCUGGUCCUCCAGGUCUUUAGAGUGCCUACGAUAAUCUCAAAUGCUAGUAUGGAGCUUCCUGUUCGGUGCGUUUCUGAGGAAAUUCUCUGGCUGGCAAACCAGUGAAACCGGUACCAGUGCAAUGUGUACAGCAUGCCAUAAUUCUUUUAUCAUUUUCCACAAAUGUUUUGCUGCUUGCAGUGGUGUUGGAGGGAUAGUACAUUGAUGUCGAUGCCAUGGUGCAUGGAUGAGUCAUUUUCAGGUGCAGACUGGCCUGUGAGGUAACAGGAGCUUUGCUGUACAUCUAACUGCAUGCAGCAAAGGACAAAAAGCCAGUGCGGGCGUUCAACCUUUUCAACAGAGGAGAAGAAAAACGGAGAGAGGGAAAGAAAAAGAGAAGAGAAUGAGGAAAGCCUUGAACCAAUUCAAAGGACAGUGAGUGAGGACCAGAAGUGAAGCUAUGGUGGGAAUCGCUGCAUUGUUAUAAAACCAAGGACGCAGCAAAGAGGUAGGGAAGGGUAAGAGAGGAGGUCCAGAAGGGAGAAAAUGCACAAAGUAGUGAGUACUUCAGAGGGAUGAGACGUUUCCAUUCAACGUGCCUUGGCUCGUCCACUACCACGGCCCCUGUUUUCGGCAACAGGGAAAAAACAAGAGGCCAGGAGAGGAGUUCACCCGGGGACGAUUCCACCUGUGGCCUCUUUUCAUCCGGUCACCUAGCAACCACUCGUCUCCCGAUCCUAAAUCCGCUUCACACAAACCCAACAAAAUGUAUCCAGCAGAGCACUGUAACUACAACACCACUCGACAGCUGUAGACGCCCCCUGAGGGGAUUCAGGAACUGAAAUAUUACUGAUGCAUUACUUGUUGAACCUUCUCUUUUGUUUUAAUGAUUAGGGGUUGCACUGAAUUUAAGCCACGCAUAGACUAGCAUGGACAGCUAAGGUCGGCCAUCACUGUUUUCUGAUUGUGUCUUGUUGUUGAGUGUAACAAUGGCAAGUGAUUUAGAUUUGCAGUUUUUGACCCUCUGAAGUCACCGUGUGAAUGUGUAUCCUCGUGUCAUUGGUAUCAUGUCAUUCUAAACAGCUUUUGGGGUUUUUGUUUUGGAAGUUAGACAAUAUGUCUUCAUUCACGGUUGGUAUGUCAUAGGCAAGUUUGUUUGGUUAAUUUAAUAGAUUGGUUGAUAGUUAUGUUGCAAGUGUUGCACAGAAUUGUCUUCGUCCCAAGUGCAGUUGGAUGACCUAAUUUCUACAUAUAGAUCACUCUCAUUUUUUUGGGCCUAAUUCUUCUUUUUCUUCCAACCGUUUCUCUCGUGUUAGGAUUAGGGGAUGAGUAAGUAUCUCUCGUAUUCAUCUAAUCCACCGAUCCCUUGCUUCAGCCUGUGUGUUUUGUGUAUGUGUGUGUAGGCAGCACGGCCAGUUCACCAGAGAUAUCUAUUUUUGGCAUACAAGGGUUAUUGCAGAGAGGCAGGUAUUCAAUCUUCGUGCAGCGUUUGAAAACACUGUAUAGCGAUGUGAGUGCAUCUCAGCAUCCAUCUAUGUGUGCUACUUUCCGAAAACAAUGAAAGGGGAUUUCUGCGAGUGCAGAAUCCCAGAUUGUGCUUUGUUGGCUCUCCUAUAAAUUUCCACUGGAAGAACAAAGGAAAUGUUUACGAGAGAGGCGCAUGCUUUGACCGUAUAAUUGCUCACUUUAGGUUUCCGUUGAAUCAUCCCGCGCACUUAGAUAUUCCAGUUUUAAUGGCUCCCUAGAUGCAAAGAUGGGCAUGAUGGGGAUAUGUUACUGCGUCGUUUGAGGUGCAUCAGCGAUGUCUCUUUGUUUCUGUAAAACCAAGAAUGGAAAAGAAAUCUAAUUAGAACGAGGCCACAGGCUUUGGUUAUUUUCUAAUUUGACUAUAAGGGGUUAAAUUGUCAGUAUGUGUAAGUUUAGUGGGAGAACUGUUAAAGGGGCACUCCACCGAUUCUUUUCACAGAACCCAGUGGAAAUAUUAAAUCAUAAUAAUAAUAAGGGUCAUGUCAGCUGGAGGUCAAGGCUUGGCAUUUCAGAACUGCAUUUUAAGAUGGUAUUUAGUUGAUUCAUGUGACAUUUAUAUUCCUUGACUGAGAAAAAAAAGGCCAAAAUAUCAACAAUCAUUUUCUGAUCUUCUCCCUGCUUUUUUUGAAGGUGCAGAACUAAAUCACUGGCAUUCCCCUUUAAGCACAGACGUUGUUAGAGAUCCAGUGUUACUGCUGACGUUCUCACCUCUCAUAUUUGUGAUUGUCAUGGUGACUUUAUCAUUGAAUGUUGACUCACUAUAAGCAUUCCACACGGCCAAGGGAACGACAGCUUUCUGUUUUUUGAGCACAUCUGUACCAAACAUUAUAAGAUGGUCUAGUAGGCCUUAAACAUGUAUUUCACGGUCCUAAGUGUACAGCUAGAAUUACAACUGAAUAUACAGCUGGCCUAUAUAUUGCUUUUUAUUAUGCCUUAUGCAAUGUUUGUCUAUCUAUAAACCAGUGAUGAGGGUGAUGGUGAACUGGUGAACUCAUGACCAUCAAAGGGACAAACAAAAAAAACGUCAUGCACUGUUUUUCUAUGAAUGAAAAAGAAAACUACAUUUCCCAAAGAUCUCUGGGCCCACUUGCAGAAUGAAUGUAAAGUUACUCAAGUGUUUCAGUUUUUUUCCUUCAAGACUAAAUAUCUAGUAUAACGAAUCACAAUCGUAUGAACCCGUGGUUGGUAACAAAUGGAAUAGUAUUGUAUUUAAGGUAAGAUGGUUAGAGGGCUGGGAUCACUGAUACACACGCUGGCCAACCACGGGUCCAACUCCACCUUUGUGAUGUGUAUCUAUCCCUUUUGAAUGUUUUGAUAUUUUGUGUUUCUGUGAUCUGUGGUACGUUUUGCAUUUAUGUUCUGGUGUACUAAGCACAGGACUUUUCCCUUUUAUUCACAGUAUAGUGAUAUUCUACUUGAGGAUGAAUGUUAAUUAAAAUUUUACUCAAAAAAAUCUUUAUAUGCUUAACAGUAACAGCAGGUUCGGAGUCAAUUUCUUUUAAAAUUCCAACUGAUUACCCUAUUUGCCUCAUCACAGCCUUAAUAUCACAUCAUUUUUUGCGAUUAAUGCUUAUGAGGCCCCAUUCACAGGAAAGAAAAUUCACUUUCCAAAUUAAAUUUAAAAUCAGCUGGAUGUGAAGUUAAUUGCCCCCAAACCUUUCUGAUAAAUAUUAGCACAGUGUCUGUAAAGGCUUUUGCUUUCUGCAGUGAAAGAAUGUAUGUUCUGCUUUAUUUCAUGCUUAAAUUUGUGACCACUUAACUGAUUUUCUUGAUAUUAUCAUUUCUAUGAGCACAGAGCUACAAUGUACAACACUAGUAUACAUGAGAAGAUUGAUUUCAUUUGACGUAUCAUCAGGUUUUGUAAUAGAGGCUGAAUUAUUUGAAUAAAAUGUUGCAGAGAA